AUGACUGCAAGGAUGAAGAAACCGCCACGCGUGCACUUAGGACAGGCUCCAAGGCCUCAGCAUUUUUCCGAGCCUUUACUCCCGCUAGACCAGGUAUUCAUUAAGAUCGACGACGGCCCAUUACAAGGAACAAUCGUGACCACGUCAGACGGUGUCAGUGUCCGUGCCUUUUUGGGGAUUCCUUUCGGAGAGUCAACGGAAGGUCGCAACAGGUUCCGGAAGCCUGUACCCAUCGGUGCGUGGAAUGACACGCUUAAGGCGACUCAAGCCAGGCCUCCCUGCGUUCAAGAGUCCUACGUGUCGCAAGCCAUGCGCAUAGACAACGCAAACACCACCGAGGACUGCUUGCACCUGAACAUCUGGGCACCGAUACAGCAACACCCGAGAGAGCCCAAGAAGACAGUCAUGGUCUACUUCUACGGGGGAUCAUUCACACACGGCGGCAACAGUUACUUCUUUUACGACGGCCGCUACAUAUCGAGCAUCGGAGACGUCGUAUUAGUCGUUCCGAACUACAGGCUCGGGGUUCUCGGGUUCCUCAACGCGGGCACGCCAGACGCACCAGGCAACGUGGCGCUGCACGACCAGAUCCUGGCGUUAUCGUGGGUCAAGGAGAACAUCGCUGCGUUCGGUGGGGACCCGAAUCGAGUUGUCCUUUUUGGCCAAAGUGCCGGAGCAAUCUCGGUGAGCUACCUGCAGAUAUCGCCCCUGACGCGCCACCUCUUCAGGCGAGCCAUCCUGCAGAGCUGCUCGGCUUUGGUGCCGCUUCCCGAGAAUAGCCGAGACGCAGCGCUCGCAAACCUGAAACACAUAGCGAGUGCCAUCAACUGUACGAGGGCGUUUCCAAACGGAAGCUUGUCGGCAGCAGACACACUCAGCUGCCUGAGAAACGUCAAUGCUAAGGUUCUGGUAGACAUCAAAGGUGCAUUUUUUAUCCGAGCUUCUACGAUGAGGUCCUUCCGCAAGCUCCAAUCGAGCUGCUCAAGUCGGUGGACUUCAGAGACCACGAAAUGUUCAUCGGAAACACCUUGCGCGAAGGAGACAUGUUUUUCGACGCGAUAUUUGGGCAGAAGCGCUCUUCCGCAACGCCCAGAGGGUCACGCCUGA